AGAUCAUGGAGGAGGCUGUGACGAGGAAGUUUGUGCACGAGGACAGCAGCCACAUCAUCUCCUUCUGUGCUGCCGUGGAGUGCUGCGUGCUGUUCGGGCUGAAGCGGAGGGCAGCCGGCUUCCUGCGCAGCAACAAGAUCGCAGCACUCUUCAUGAAGGUGGGCAAGAGCUUCCCCCUGGCAGAGGAGCUCUGCAGGAAGGUGCAGGACCUGGAGCAGCUCAUUGAGAACGCGCGGAACCAAGGCCAGGGGGUCCCAGAGAAUGUGCGCAAGGUGCCGAAGGUGCCCAACCUGUCUCCCCAGGCCAUCAAGCACCUCUGGAUCCGCACCGCCCUCUUCGAAAAGGUCCUGGAUAAAAUCGUGCACUACCUGGUGGAGAACAGCAGUAAGUACUAUGAGAAGGAAGCUCUCCUGAUGGAUCCUGUGGAUGGGCCAAUCCUUGCAUCUUUAUUGGUGGGGCCCUGUGCACUGGAAUACACGAAGAUGAAGACUGCUGACCACUUCUGGACAGACCCCUCUGCCGAUGAGCUGGUGCAGAGGCACCGGAUCCACAGCUCCCACUGCCGCCAGGACUCGCCCACCAAGCGCCCGGCGCUCUGCAUUCAGAAAAGACACUCCAGUGGCAGCAUGGAUGACAGGCCAUCCCUGUCUGCCAGGGACUACGUGGAGUCCCUGCACCAGAAUUCCCGAGCCACGCUCCUGUACGGCAAGAACAACGUCCUGGUGCAGCCGCGAGAUGACAUGGAGGCAAUCCCGGGGUACCUGUCCCUUCACCAGACUGCUGACAUCAUGGCACUCAAGUGGACCCCCAACCAGCUGAUGAACGGCUCCGUGGGCGACCUGGACUACGAGAAGAGCGUGUACUGGGACUAUGCCAUGACCAUUCGCCUGGAGGAGAUCGUGUACCUGCACUGUCACCAGCAAGUGGACAGUGGUGGCACGGUUGUCCUGGUGAGCCAGGAUGGCAUCCAGAGGCCACCCCUGCGCUUCCCCCGUGGAGGACACCUGCUGCAGUUCCUGUCCUGCCUGGAGAACGGCCUCCUGCCCCACGGGCAGCUGGAUCCGCCCCUCUGGUCACAGCGGGGAAAGGGAAAGGUGUUUCCCAAACUGAGGAAGAGAAGCCCCCAGGGCUCCUCCGAGUCCGCGUCCGACAAGGAGGAUGACGAAGCCACGGAUUAUGUCUUCAGGAUCAUCUACCCUGGGACACAGGCAGAGUUUGUUGCCAUUAAUGGUGCUUUUCACCCAUUCAUUGCACCUGUGACUGCUGGGAGAGGGAAGAUCACGAAGAUUCCAGCUGGAAGGAAGAUGGUGGUGAUCCCUAAAUGGUGUCUGAGCCUCCCUGGCACAUCCCAAGCUCUCCGUGCUGCUCUGGGCUCCUCUUGGCAUCAGAUGCCCCAGGACCUGAUGGAUGCUCCAGGGGCUGUCCUGCCCCCCAUGUGGCAGCCCAGCACCCGCAAAUCCUCCUGCUCCUCCUGCUCCCAGAGCGGCUCCUCGGACGGGGGCCCUGCCAACGGCUGCAGCCACGAGAGAGCUCCACUGAAGCUGCUGUGUGACAACAUGAAGUACCAGAUCCUGUCCCGGGCUUUCUAUGGAUGGCUGGCCUACUGCAGACACCUGUCCACGGUGAGGACUCACCUGUCAGCCCUGGUCAACCACAGCAUCGUGUCCCCCGACGUGCCCUGCAGCGCCAGCGCGGGGCUCACCGUGGACAUCUGGCACAGAUACCUGCAGGACAGCUCGAGUUAUGAGGACCAGGAGCUGCUGAGGCUGAUCUACUACGGCGGGAUCCAGCACGAGAUCAGGAAGGCGGUGUGGCCCUUCCUGCUGGGCCAUUACCAGUUUGGGAUGACGGAGGCCGAGAGGAAGGAGGCUGACGAGCAGACGCGGGCGUGCUACGAGCACACCAUGGCCGAGUGGCUGGGCUGCGAGGCCAUCGUCCGGCAGCGCGAGAAGGAGUCCCACGCCGCCGCCCUGGCCAAGUGCUCCUCGGGGGCCAGCCUGGACUCCCACAUCCAGAGGAUGAUGCACAGGGACUCCACCAUCAGCAACGAGUCCUCGCAGAGCUGCAGCUCCGGCCGGCAGAACCACGCCCGGCUGCAGAGCGACUCCAGCUCCAGCACCCAGGUAUUUGAAUCUGUGGAUGAGGUGGAACAGACUGAAGUAGAUUCUCAGCUGGAAGAUGGCAAACAAAGCAAGAUCCCCAACGGGACAGUCCCCAAUGGCACAUGUUCCCCUGAUUCUGGGCACCCCUCUUCCCAAAACUUCUCCAUCACUUCGGGCUUCUCAGAGCGCAGCUUCAGCAACGAGGACAGUGCCCUGGAAACCACCAAAUCCUCCUCCAGCUCCCAGGGAAAGGCUGCAGGGUCUGAUGUGCCGGCCCCACCAGACACAGAUGGUGUCCAGCAGGAGAAGCUGGAAGGCCAAGACAGCCUGGAAGGUGAAUUCCCCACUGGUGGAAGCGUGGACUUUGUCCCCAUGGGCGAGGGCUCGGCAGGGCUGCUGCGUGACAGUGACACUGUGGCCCUGACUGUGGUGGAGAGCUGGGCAGACAGCGAGGCUGAGAAGCAGAGCCUGGUGGAGAGCGAGGACAACCUCUCUGAGGAACCAGAGAUGGAGAGUCUGUACCCACAGCUGGACUCUCUGACUGUCACUGAUCUGACCAGCACUGAACCAGCUGCUCUCUCCUCCACGGGUGUCACCUACUCUCCAGAGCUGCUGGACAUGUACACGGUGAACCUGCACCGCAUCGAGAAGGACGUGCAGCGCUGUGACCGCAACUACUGGUACUUCACUCCUGCCAACCUGGAGAAGCUCCGCAAUGUCAUGUGCAGCUACAUCUGGCAGCACAUUGAGAUUGGCUACGUGCAGGGGAUGUGUGACCUGCUGGCCCCUCUCCUGGUCAUCCUGGAUGAUGAGGCUCUGGCUUUCAGUUGCUUCACUGAGCUGAUGAAGAGGAUGAACCAGAACUUCCCCCAUGGAGGAGCCAUGGACACCCACUUUGCCAACAUGAGGUCGCUGAUCCAGAUUCUGGACUCUGAGCUCUUUGAGCUGAUGCACCAGAAUGGGGAUUACACUCAUUUCUACUUCUGCUACCGAUGGUUUCUCCUGGACUUCAAGAGAGAGCUGGUGUAUGAUGAUGUCUUCGCUGUCUGGGAGACCAUCUGGGCUGCUGCUCACGUCUCCUCUGCUCACUACGUGCUCUUCAUAGCCCUGGCCCUGGUGGAGAUGUACAGGGACAUCAUCCUGGAGAACAACAUGGAUUUUACAGACAUCAUCAAGUUUUUCAAUGAAAUGGCCGAGCGCCACAACACCAAACAGAUCCUGAAGCUGGCUCGGGACCUGGUCUAUAAAGUGCAGACUCUGAUCGAGAACAAAUGAAGGGCCCAGGGCAGAUGAGGCACCCAAAGAGCCAGGACUCCCCUCCAAUGCUUCCUCCCUUCUCCUGUUUCUCCAAGUGCCACACCUGUGGGACUCAGGUGGUGGGACACGUGCUGCUAUGUGAGCUGGGAGUCCCCUGGGCUCAGCACAGACCUUCUGCAGUGACUCAACCAAAGAUCCCUCCAGGUGUGUUCCUGUGCUGGGAGCAGGACCAGGCUGUGGCUUCUUGGCCACCAGAACUGCCCAGGCAUUGCCACAUCCCAGGGUGGAGCUUGGAGGCUGGGGCAGCAGAGCUUGGUGGCACAGAGGGAAAGCUGCUUCCUUGGAAAGCUGCUUCCUUGGGCAGCCCUUCCCUGUGGUGUGGGGAGGCAGCCAGCCCUGCCAGCCCAGGCAGCACAGGGAUGCUGCCAGUUCUCAACUUCUCACCAUCACAACGAGGUUCUGCCAGUAAUGGGGGGGACUUUGAUCACAGAAAUUCCUCUUUUGAUCUUGACCCUCAAUGCAUUGCUUCCCCUUCGGUGUUUUCUUUUCUUAGGGCUCUCUUUUCUCCCUGGGAUUUUACAUUGUUCCUACGAUAUCUGAGCACACAAGUGUUUCGUGUCUGGAUGGAUUUUCAGAACAGCUCCAAAUUCAGCAUUGGGGUUACUUUUAAAAAUCCAGCCUCUGUAAUGUUCUCUGAAUGCUGGGAAAUCUGGUCCUGACCUCCUCUGGGAACUCCAGGGUGGAGGUUUUCUUACCUGCCUUACUUUAGCUGCUUGUGUAGGAGUCUGGUCUCCUUGUUCUGUGAGCUCCUCAGAAGGCAAGUCAGAGCUCCUGAUUAUCCCGACUUUCCCUCUGACAGCUCUAGGGCUGGCUAUUGAAUCUCCUAAAACCCACUGAGCAUCUCCAAUUAGGUCUUGGUGGGCUUGUCCCACAGGCCUGUGAGAGGAAAAUAGCCCAAUGUCCCUGAGUGGUCUUUGCUUUGGGAAGAUGCACUUGUGUGGCCACUUUUGCUGCACAGCCUGGAGCCCACUGCAUGAAGUGCCUCUCCAGCUGCUGUGUCCCACACAGGCUGCCCUGCAGAGGCUUCAGAGUCAUUUUUCAACUCAGGUAAAAACAAUACAGGAAAAGGAGAGGGGUGGGUGGAUGGACGGUCCAGCCCAGCCAGGGAGGGCAGUGCUGGGUUGGAACUCUCUCUGAGGGUACUUUCUCUCAAGUUUUGCUGCAAACAUUUGUGUUCUCCCCCUGGUGCAGUGUGUGCUGUGUGUGUGCUCUCCUCUGGCCCUGCUCCUGCCUUGCUGCUGGAGUGCUCCCAUGGGAAGGAAAGGAGCUCUUCCUCCUCUUGUGGAACAUCUGUCUGUGCUGGUUUGUGUUGGCUCGUGGCUCGUGUCAGAUGUUGCUGGCAGAAAAAAAGGUGGUUGUCAGUCUGCACCAGAGAAAAUUGCUGCUUCAGGGAAGGUCUGAGGAGCACAGUGGAGUGGUUUGCUGUUUCUGAGCAAAUCAGCAAUUUCUGUAUUCUGGGACAUGGAGGUCACAGCUGGAAAAGGCAGUGGCACAUCCUGAACCCUUUGGGGAAGGGGGAGAGCAAUGGCCAACCCUUCAGUCAUCAUAAUCCCAACAGAUGUGUACAAAUCUGGGAAAUUUUCUGAAGCCCAAAGGGGGCUUGGCCGCAGUAGCACAGGAAACAAAGAGCUUGAGAUCUGCCAGUUCCUGUGAGAAUCUUUCAUCUUUCCACCAAGCAGAGUGAAAAGCUCGUGUCCUCCCUCCUUCCCAGGCUGCUCCUGUUCCCUCAGGGUUCCAGGACAGAUCUGUCACCUGUCCUAGAGGGAAGGGAAAGCGCUCUGUUCUCUCUUUCCUGGGGGACAGGAAAGGGUCACCUGAAACACCACCUGUGACCAAGCAACAUCAUUGACACUAAACCUUUCAAGCUUCUUUCCUUGGUUUUUAAACAAAAACAGCAAGAAAUUCUGCACAAUAUUUGCUGUCUGUACUAACUGAGAGUGUCUUUGGGCCGCUCAAUAGCAGUGUUUUUUGAAUAAUUUCUGGGGGGGGAAAAAAGUAUUUAUUUAUUGAUUGUACCUGACUGUGUGUCCUUGUGUGCUGGCGUGUGAGUGUGCGCUGUUGUGCAAAUGGAGAUAGAAAUUUUCAAUGUUAUUUACGAUAUCUUGUAAAUGUUUACCAGAGAAUUGUGUCUAUAUAUAAUACAUAUACAGUAUAGAGAGAAAAUAUGUGAACUAAGUGGGUUAUUUUUUGAAGAUGGGGGGGGUGAGAAAUCUUCUGCUUCUAAGAACUGUGUGGUUUCUAUAGCACCUAUUCCAUGAUGUGCCAAUCUGUCACUGUCCCUGUGCUGGGAGAGUUGUUCUGGUGGGGCAACAGGAAGCUCAGAGCAGAGCCACCUCACAGCCUCAGUUUGGCUUCAUCUUGGCUCUGACUUUAAGACUGGGCAAGAGGAAAAAGAAAUGAGGAAAAAAUAAUAUAAAAAGAGCUUUGUUUCAGCUGUGUUGCUGGGCAAGUUCUUGUGCCUGUGGUGACCCACAGUGAGACCCCAGCAGGAGCCUGGGGCUCUCUUGGCUGGUUGAGAGCUGCUAAGAAGCUGAAAAGCAAAGGUUUUGCUGUGCAGCUGUUUGUGGGUCUUCUCUGGCCUCAGCCUGUCCUGCCUGGCUCUGCCCCCCUGCUGGAUCCCCACGAGAUAAAGCCUUGUUCUGGAAUUCUGACAGGGGCAGUCGUGGCCCUUGGGAUCUCUCCCAGCUGUGCAGCCGAGGAUGGCCUGUUUGCCACGCAGGAGAAGCCUGUCACCAGGCUUGGCCAUAUACAGUAAUCCUGCCUGGCCCCUUGGGGAAGAGGAAUGUCUCAUCCCAGCAGCUCUGUGCAGCUGAAAUCCUCCCCACAAUGGCACUGCCAGCUCAGGACUAUUUUAACCUGUUGUUGGCUCUGUGGGAGCAGGGACUGGAGCUCUGUGCCUUAAACUGACAGAGGGCAGGGUUAGAUUGGAUUUGA